UGGAUGAAGGCGCGUUAUAUUUUAGUAGCGCUAUAAAAUGCGUCCACUCAAGUCAGUGCUUAGUACUCGUUUACGUUUAAUAGGCGAUGGGCCCAGGUGUUACUUAUCUAGCCAGUCAAACAGCUCUUCUAAGAAGUUCCUUCCACUAGAAAUCCGAGGGCUGACUAAUUUUGCACUCAAGGAUUAUGAGCAGCAAACUAAAAUGGAAAAACCGCUAAAUAUGUAUGAAAGGUUUCCUAAUGUUUUAAACUGGACAAAUAUCUGGCCAGCUGCUGCUACUUUCCACCAUUCUGUCAUUCCCUUUAAUGUUCGUCAAGGACAUUGCAAAAAUCUUGUAGAAAAUAAAGGGAUCCCUCCUGGAAAGUAUGCGAACGUAGAGCUGAUGAAAAUCCCUAAUUUUCUACACCUUACUGUUCCUCACAUUAAAAAGCAUUGUGAUUCUUUGAGAAAGUAUUGCACUGUAUGGCCUUCUGGUUUGGAUUCGGAUGAAAAGAUCGAAAAAUAUUACCCGCUCGAAGUAGUCAGUCACAGUUAUGUGUUUACAUCGACAAAUAUCCGUGACCCUCGUUCUCGAAUGGUGACUCUCCAAAUACGUUUAUCUAGUCUGUCACUGGAUGAACAUGCUAAAAGAAAGCUUUUACGACUUGCGACAGGUCCUGGUCCAGGUCGUAAUACAGCAUCAUAUGACUGGAACACAGAUAUUCUAAAGUUAACCACAGGAAGAUGUCCAACAUCAAAGCAGAAUACUGAGUUUUUAAUGUACUUGUUGAGUGUUCUUACUCUGGAAUCGAAGAAAACAGAAAAGUGGGAAGUAGAUAAUCCUGAAUAUGACUGGUUACAGUUUGAUUGGAAUAGAAGUGAGUCACGUCGACGUCUUUUCAACUUACUAUCUGUCUCUGACAAUGAACAAGGUUAUGGCAACCGGAAAACAACAGAAGAGAAACCAGUCUCUGAACUUGAAUCUCAUCCCUCAGUUGUGCAAUAUCGCGAAGCACUUCAAACUAUAUGGGCUAAAAAUGAUAUACUUAAUGGAGAUCAAUGGAUUAAGCGAAGUGAUCCCCCUAAAUGCCGGCAUGGUCGUCUUCGUCCUAUCCGAAAUGUGCCUUUUACAACAGUCCCAGGUGCAGAUGAUCAAGAGAGUUUGAAGAAGUAUGCAUCAGCUACACGAAAUCUAUUUGGUCUUAAUGAUGGUGUAGAACGCUCGAAUCUAUCAACAAAUGCUCAAUAAUUGCUUUUUCUGAUUAUUGUUCGUAUGCUUUACUAUUAAACAUUUUGAACUCUGGAUAGCCGAAAUUUUAAGCCUGUCGUGAAUUUUUUAUAGAAAAGCAUAAUUAAUGCUUCUUAGCAUAUUUUAUGACUGUGAAAUUAAGUCACUACAUGGAAUGAAUAACUCGACUCGUUCAUCAACCGGAUUCACUCACUUUUGAAUGAAUUCUCCUUCACGCCAAGAAAACUGGGACUGUUACAGUGGAUUCUUAUAGUAUUAUCAAAACCACCAACCACUCCAAUACACAGUGCAUCAACAAACUGUAACUAGCCAGUCAAUCAGCUUGACGUUUUACUCAUUUCUGUGAGAUAUCGGAUAGGUAAUGUAUAAACUAUUGAGUAAAAGAAAUAUUCUAACUCAUUGUUACAGGUUUUCACUUCUUAUAAGAUGUAAUAAUUUAUUGCAGCUCUAAUGAUGGCAUGUUUUCAGUUCAGAAAAGCAAUAACUAACUUAAAUGGUAGAUUGUUAUUGUCUUUGCAACAGAG